CCGGAAAUUACUUGGCCUACUUUGUUUUUGCUUUUGGAAGAGUCGGCGGCGAGUCGCUAAAGUUUGGGGGCCUUGGCCUAAGAACUCGAUGUUCUUGAUUUCUAUGGCAGCAUGAUUUUAUUUGUGUAUAUAACUUUUCUCUACUGUUUUCUAUCUGCAUACGGAAUAGAAGAUUUAAAGUAUUAUGAAUUUUUAAAGAAAUCUGACCUUAAUCGAAGAGUUCGUCGAAGCGUUGAUCCGCGACCACAGGCAGCCAUCCAUGAGGUGUCAUUUGAAAGUUUUGGAAGAAAAUUUCACCUGCUUCUGAAGCCAUCCGUUCCAAUAUCAAGUGAUUUUAAAGCCUCUGCGAUCCACAAAGAUGGAAGUACCUCAGAGUUUUCUGUCAAUACUGACAUCUUUUUCGAGGGAACGUCUAAAUCAGACCCUGGUUCUACGGUUCACCUACAAUGGGAAAAUGAGCUUGCCAACAUCUUUGUCAAUACAAAAGAUGAAAAAUACUUUUUUGAACCAAUGUGGAAACAUGUAUCAGGGUCGUCCAAUGACUCUAUGAUAGCUUACAGACAAUCAGAUAUGAAAUGGAGGCCAGAGGAUUCUACCAUGGGGGUCAGGGAAUCUUUGUGCAAUGCGACAAGGGGAACAACUCUUACUAGAGCAGAAAAUUUGGAGGAUGGCUUACGACUUUUUCCAUUGUAUGAAGACACAGCAAGUCCCUUAAGAAGAAAGCGUCAGACUAUGUCCUAUGUCGGUUCCCACACAGUUUGCCGAUUAAUAGUCGUGGCCGAUUACUACUUUUACAGCAAUCUAGGUCGUAGGAACAGGAGAACUACAGGAGAAUACAUUAUUGGAAUCAUUGGCAGGGUGAAUGCUAUCUACAAAGCUACAAUGUGGCCUGAUUUCAACUCCAACAUCAAGAAUCUGGGAUUUGAAAUUGCAGAGCUGGUUGUCCACGAUUCCUACACGGUUGUUCCUCCCAAUGGUUUACACUACAACAUGGCGAAUCGACCCCAGGACAUGGGACUGGUACUAGAUAUGUUUGGUUGGGAGGAUCAGAAGCAUGCCUCGUACUGUUUAGCUCACCUGUUCACGUAUCAGUCGUUCCCGGGGAAACUGGGUCUUGCCUACAUUGCCUCCCACAGGAUCAAUGACCUAGGAGGAAUGUGUUCCCCAGUGGCAUGGAAGGACAAUAGGAGAAUGGCCGCCAACACCGGGCUGAGUACGUACAGAAAUCCUGAUGGAAGUCAGGCCCUCGUUCAUCAAGCCACCAUUACUACAGCUCAUGAGUUGGGUCAUAACUGGGGGAGUGAGCACGACCCAGAUACCGAUUCCUGUGCCCCGUCCACCUCAUCGGGGGGCCGGUUCAUCAUGUAUCCCUCCGCAGUCUCGGGGUACGAGAAAAAUAAUCAGCUGUUUUCUCCAUGCAGCAGACAGCAUAUAUUCAAUGUCAUCAAGACAAAGGGCUACAGCUGUUUUAAAGAGGCCUCAGCUACAGGUCAAGGUUUAUGUGGAAAUGGACGCGUCGAUAAAAACGAGGACUGUGACGCGGGCUACACGGGGGACAGGUGCUGUAACGACAAAUGUCAGUUCAGGGCCAAGUUUAUGAAAUGCAGUCCUAUGAACUUUGCCUGCUGUGUUAAUUGUACUGUGGCCCCUAUAGGGUACACCUGUCUAGACCAUGUAGAUGAUAACUUUGACUGUAAGGGGAAGUCACACUGCAGUGGUAAAGAUCUGACCUGCCCGAACGCCCUACCUAAGAUUGAUGGUACACCAUGUCAUAAUGGAUUUGGAAAAUGUAGGAAUGGAAAAUGUUUAGAUGCUUGUCAACAAGUUAAUAGGAAUCCAUGUCUGUGCAAAGGAGAUGAUGCCUGUAAGACGUGCUGCUUCAAGCCCAACACGGAGAUCUGUGAACCAUUAUCAGACCAAUCAGAUCAAUUCCUGGAGGAUGGGAGGCCCUGUUAUGAUGGCUUCUGUAAAAAGGGAAAAUGUGAGAAAUCCCAGUCAAAAUUAGUACAGAGGUUAUUUUCAAUCAUCCAAUCUUUCAGCAUAGAUCAAAUAGCUGUAUUUAUGAAGAACAACAUUGUAUGGACAGUCCUGAUCCUGGCUAUACCUGUGUGGAUUUUAGGCAUUUACAUCAUAAACAAAUUCGAUGAAAGAGAGGAGAUGAAGGACCAACCAGCCAGAAAUCGCAAGCGUGAUGCGGAAUCAAGAAGAAGAAUAUUAUUAACAGAAAAUGAGAAGAUAAUAGAUGCACCAAGGAAACCGUUCAAUACAGCAAAUCCAGUAGUCUAGUUCAUACUGAUCAGUGCAAUGUUUUACAUUAGUCUCCUUCCUUCCCAUUGGUUGAUCUUGUUAACCUUUUUCCCAUUGGUUAAUCUGUCUUCCAAUUAAAUGUCUGUGAUUGGAUGAAAACUGCAGGAAUUUACAUGACUUCAAAGUGCCCUUUCUGUUUUCUAUGCUCUCU